UCAAAAAAGUUAGGUUGUUUAUUUACAAAGUCAAAUAGAAAUUCGUAUAAGUAAAAAUGUUAAAAAACAAUUUGGUAUUAAUAUAUUACAAUUAAUUCUGAAUUCGAGGAAGCCAAGCUAAAUCAAGAAGAUUUUAUAUUCUAAAUCUGUUUGGCGUUGCUUUUAGAAAGUAGGACGAUUUCGUCACAAUCGAAAAUACGUGAAAUUUGACUGAAAAUUUAGUAUUUCUUGCUUAAAAAUGAGUAAUAAAUUAAGAAUGUUUACAAGGUUGAUGUCCUCGGGUACGAGAGUGCCUCAAGUUUGCAUUGUAGGUGCGGGCCCCGCCGGUUUCUACGCGGCUAUGCGUCUGACCAAGAAGCUCGCAGACGUCCACGUAGAUAUCAUCGAAAAAUUGCCUGUGCCCUUCGGACUGAUAAGGUAUGGAGUCGCCCCUGAUCAUCCAGAGGUCAAAAACGUCAUUAACCAGUUCACAAAGGUCGCCCAGCAGCAGAACGUGAAUUUUUAUGGAAACAUUACAGUAGGUAAAGAUGUGACAUUGCCCCAAUUAAGGCAAAAUUAUGACGCUGUUCUAUUGACUUAUGGUGCUGAAGAAGAUAAGGUGUUGGGUAUUCAGAAUGAGGAUGCUGUUAAUGUGAUUGCAGCAAGAAAUUUUGUCGGAUGGUACAAUGGUCUUCCCAGCGAUAGGGACUUGCAAAUAGACUUAUCAAAUGACACUGCUGCUAUCCUAGGACAAGGAAAUGUUGCAUUAGAUGUAGCUAGAAUACUGCUGUCACCAAUAGACGAGUUAAAGAAAACAGACAUAACACAACAUGCACUUGAUGCUUUAGCUGAAUCUAAGAUUAGAAAUGUAUAUUUGAUCGGACGUAGGGGUCCUUUGCAAGUAGCUUUUACGAUUAAAGAAUUACGAGAGCAGCUGAAGAUGAAGGAUUGUAGCACAAUUUGGAGAGAGAGUGACUUUGUAGGAGUUGCAGAUGUGGUAGCCAGUCUUCCUCGGCCGCGUAAACGGCUAACAGAGCUUAUGUUAAAAUCUUUAGAGGAAAAUAAAUUAAAGAAAGAAGACACAAAUAGUAAGAGACUAUAUCCAAUAUUUUUACGAAGCCCUAAUAAAUUUAUAAGUGAUAAAGAUAACGUAUUAAAGGGGAUGGAAUUGUUUGAAAAUAGAUUGUAUGGAAAAUCAACAAAUGUUGAAGAGCUUAGGUGUGUUUCUACUAAUGAGAAGGAGUUACUAGACUGUGGGUUAGCUUUAAGAAGUAUUGGAUAUAGGAGUGUGAGUGUAGAUGAGGGUUUAGAGUUGCUUCCUCAAGGAAUGGUGAAUAAUGAUAAAGGGAGGAUUUUGGAUGCCCAUCCUCGGUUGGCUAAGAUGUAUGUUGCCGGUUGGCUUGGAACCGGGCCUGUAGGCGUAAUACUUCACACCAUGGGCAACGCAUUUCAAGUUGCUAACACAAUGUGUGAAGAUAUUAGCCAGUUAAAGAAGAGCAGAGCGAGGGGUGGAUUUGAUGAACUGAAAAGAAUGUUACGGAAUGAAAUAGUUGACUGGGAAGGCUGGAACAGAAUUGAUCAAUAUGAGAUAGAGCAGGGCAAGAAAGUAGGCAAGCCAAGGGAGAAAAUUUGUGAUGUUGCAAAAAUGGUGGAAAUUGCUUAUUCUUGAAAACCAUAUCAAUUGUUUUAAGUUUGAAUGAAUUUUAUAAAUGCAAUAAUAAUGGUACCUAACUCUGUUAUAGUUACUAAUUAAAUUAAUUUUAUUCCAAUUACAGAUGUAUAUUGUCAAGUGUUAUUAUAAAUAUUUUUGUUAUAAUACCUAGCUUAUUAUAUUCUUUAUUUAUCUUUCUUCUUAGGCUAGGUCAUUUAUAAUAUGAAUAUAAAAGUAAAAUAUAAAAACACUUACAAAACAAUAAAAAAUACACCUUGCUUAUUAUUAUUAUUACUACCUUUGCUUCUAUUUGUUACGUCAUGCGUUGUCAUCACCGUUAUUCUCCCUCCACGUGGCCAACCAAUCCUGACAGCAGAAAAAGUAGUGGGUUGUCAUUUUACAGGAUUCUAUAAAAGCCCAUUUUAAAAAUCCUACUCGCUAUAGGCUGGUGGUGGUGGCUGGUGACUUGAGGGUUCCUAAAAGGUUAGCAAAUAAAACAAAAUAUUAUUUGCAAACAUUUAUUGCGAACUCCAGUUUGAAAGUGGAAGACGCGACUACGCUUACACUUAAUGUAUUUUUUCAUCAACAAUAGCUACAGUUCUCUUGUAAAAACUGUUUAAAAUUGCUAACAUACAUCCAGCUAUUAUUAUUAUUAAUAAAUUCCAUGUCGAACAUUCGUUUAUUGUUAAUUUAUAGGUUUAAACAAAAAUCGUGUAUUAAUUUUCGUGAUCAGGUCGUUAGGCACUAUCAGUUUAUUACUGGUACAAUAAUCAUCAGUACAUUACAUUAUCAUACAAGUAUAAUAAUAUACAAAUUAAAGCUUUUGACGUGAUAACGUCUUAUACAUCGAUGAACACCGGUAGCAUGCACGAAAAAGUGACACGUUGUGGACAGAUCUCCAUUGUAACGGGGCUGUCCAUAAAUUACGUCAUCUAUUUUUGACCUCCCCCCCCCACCCAAAAUCAUCCAAAAAGUCAUGCUUCGAAUGACCCCGUUUCCUCCUACCCUACCUCAUGCUACCAUCAUCCGAUGUCCAUACCCCCCCUAACCUAACACGCCAACUCUUUAAAAUGUCAAUUCCAAAAUAAACCUUAUACCUUAGGUCCGAAAGUGGAUUUCGGUUUGCCAGUUUAGUAUGGAUUUAGGUACCGAUAGUGCCUUGCCUGACUUCUUAAAUCACGUAAAUGUAUGGUAUCUGCGAGCGAAUGUAUGUUUGUGUUGUUUACAUUGAACUAGAGCGACAUAUACUUAAUUUAACAUAUAACAAUGAAUAUUCAUAAUUAAUACGCGUCGUAAUAGAUUGUAAUGGAAUCAAUAAAUACUAUACUGUAAACAAGCAUUAAUUACAUUCAAAAUAAAUUGCUAAUAAAGCAUAACUUGCAGCUUUGUGGUAAAAAUGCCUUAGUACAGUCGACGUCAAAUAUUUGUUUACAUUUUUCGACUUAUUACAAAGGAGUAAGGUCCAAAAGUGUAAACAUAUUUUGGACGUCGACUGUACAUACCUAAUGAAUUUAAUCAGUGCACCGAAAACUCGGAGUUUAAAAAAACAUCAUCAAAAAAUAUGUUGGCUCUAUAAUAUUAACUAAAGGUUAACCCUUAUAUUACACUAUGCAUUUAAAGUUUAACAUAUAAUUACAUCUUAAUAUUAUGACGUAGUUAUUUUGUUUGGGUUUUAAAAUGAAAUGGACGUUAAAUAAUCUGUUCCCACACCCGACUGUCGGGGUACACUGUUCGUAGCGACUACGCGCUAUAUACGGCGAAACCGUGGCUACGCGCUACGAACGUAACCCGUAGCACUUAGUGGUAAUGAAUGUGUUAAGCAUUACAGUUUAAAUUAUUCCUAUAGCAGGGACUGUCUAAUGGAUCUAAUAAUCCAAAUACUUAUGGAUCAGCGAUCCACGAUUCUGAAGCGCCAUUCGUGGAUCGGAGUUUCUCCGGAACGCUCCAUCAGGUCGCUCCGUUAGGGGGCAGCACUU